AUGCUGCUGAGCCCCGAAACUGUUGGUGCCGUCGGGGAGAAGAAGAAUGCAGGCUCGCGGGCUGUGCACUUUCUAUCCAGUGAAAAGGAGCUUGGGCAGUGUGAGCUCUGCAGCCCUCCAAAGGCUGUCCCUUCCAGCAUCAGCCCAGAAAACAAGAUUCCUCCCGGGCGCGGAGAGCUCAGGGUGGAGACCCAGGGCCAGCCAGGGAAUCCGGCCGCGCCCACCACGUGGCCCCCAGGCCCAGGGCAGGGUCCAUCCUUCUCCCAGCCUCCAGCCCCCUCCCCACCCGCUUCCCACAACCCGCAGCACCCUGAGCCCCAGAGCGCCCCUCUCCGCCAAAGGGGCCGCAGCACAGCUGUGCAUACACCAGGCUGCUGGCCGUGGGCUAACCCGGGGCCACGGGGGACAAGGGACUGCUGGGCGGGGGUGAGGGCUGGGUUUGGUUUGGGAAGUAGCCUCUGGCACUUGUCAGACCUGCCUGGAGAUGGGCCAGCGGGGGCGAGGCCUCAGUGGGUCAAUUCUCAAAGAACCCUAGCUCCCACCACCUCAGCCAACCCCAUGUGUAGGCGCUUUGUAGUCACUUCUGCCCCAGCUACCCAGAAAACCUCCGGACCCGCGAUGGACAAGGAAGUGGAGAGAACCACCUGGAUGUCUGCCUGCUCCAUUCUGCACUGCCACUCCCUCUCCACAAAGAUCAAGUCUCCUGCCCUCCUUUGGUCAGAGUUCCUUUUCUCUGCGGAGCACCCAUAUGACACAGUCUUACUAAAUUGCCACUGGGCUGAGCUUGAACAUGAAAUCCUCCUGCCUCAGCCUCUUGAGUAGCUGGGAUUUGCAGGCAUGUGCCACUUCACCCAGGUAGAAAAUUCUUUUCACUGGAACUCCAUUAUUUGGAGAAUUCAGACACAAACAUAUUUUGGCCUGAAUUUAAUUGAAACAUUCAGAUAAUUGUCUCAAUUCACUUUUUAUAACAAUGAUCAACAGAUUUCCCAAAUUGGUGAAUGGUUUCUUUCAUUAUUAAGAAUUUAAUCCCUAUUCCUCCCCAAGGACCGUCCUUCUCUAGAAGUGGCCAUAUACUCGCUUUGCCUGGGAGACCUGGAUGCCAGCAUCUGAGACUCCGGCUUCCGUGUAUUACGCAUGUUCAGGCCACUAGUGAAUAUGGCAUUACUUUCUCUUGCUUCUGCAGAGAAUAGCAAGGGGGAAUUCUGCUACUCACUGAGAGAAAGGAGUAUCUACAGGUAUUAUGUGUGACCCUCAGUCCCUUCUCUCUGACAACCAUCAGUAACAGGUGGGCAGUCCCCAAUGCAGACUGCUUCUAUUUUCCCAGACCAGGCCCCAAAUAAUAAAAAUUGCCUCUUUUCUAUUUUAAAAAGUAGAACUGCUUACAAGAAUUCUCAUUUUUUUUAACUUAAAAAAAAACACAACUCAAUGCAUACACAUGACUAAUUAAGUUCUUAGAUACUAGGGGACUAUGCUGACAUCCAAUAUACAAGGAUUUUGCUCUUUUAAAAAAAAAAAAAUUCUUUUGACCACAAUAGCUGAGCUUUGUCUUAGUUCUAGAAAUUAGACCCCGAAGAGUCUUUGGUAAAUAUUUCCUGCUUUCCAACACCACAAUAUUUCUCUCUUAAGUAACAGACUUUAUGGUUCUCUAAUGAGACCAUUAAACUUUUGUUAUGCUUUAACAACAUAAUUUGUUAAUUCUUAAUGUUGUCAACAAAUGGCCCUAAUAAGUAUCUUCCAAGAAGAUCAUGAUCAAAAACAUAAAAAUGUAACUCUCCCCGGAUUCAAGGACCUCUUUCAAAUUGGCAAAGAUUCUGGCAUCAUGAAAUGCUGGUGAUUGUGCAAGAGUCUGCCUGUAUCUGUUCGGCAUUAUUAAGAUGGAUGGGUGAUUAGAAGCAAAUGUUGUUUCUGUCAUUUGCCAACUUAUACACAGCCUGGAAAGAGAACUGUAUUGACCUACGUUUUUGGUGAACUACAGCCAAAUAUAAACAUUCACAUAAGACCACAUUUUCCUAAUUCCCUCCUGGACCUCUCUGCCACUCUUUUCAGGAACAGUUUAACUUUGAGGACUUGCUGUAAUUCAGUCUUUUUAUCACAUCUGUUUGAAGCUCAAA